GUCUAUCUCUCUCGGAUUCAUCUCCCUCUCUGCUCGCUUCACCUAGGCAGAUUUAAUCGCUUCCCCCCUCAUAGAUCUGCCAUCAUGGCUCCUUCGAAGUCGUCGUCCUCAUGGAUUUCCUCCGCCCUGGCUGUGUACGCCUUUCUGUGCCUAGCCAUUCCCACCAACGCCCUCUACUUCUACACGGACGGACGCCAAACAAAAUGCUUUUUUGAGGAGCUUCCCAAGGGCACCCUGGUUGUUGGAACCUACUCUAGCGAGGUUAUCGACCAGCAAUCCGGCACAUUCGCCGUCGACCCCAGCAUGAAGAUGCUCAUUACCGUCGACGAGACCUUCGACGACAACCACCGAGUUGUCUCCAAGCGAGAUAGCCAUUCCGGCCGGUUUACCUUCUCUGCUGCCGAUGCCGGUAGCCACAGAAUCUGCCUUACUCCCGAAACCAACGCCGCCACUGGUGGAUGGCUGUCUGAUGCCUCCACCGGUGCUGUCAAGGUCACGCUGGACAUGGCCAUUGGCGAAACCAGCAAAAUCGAGUCGGAAGAUAAGGGUAAAAUGCAGGAUAUCGUUCAACGGGUGAAGGACCUCAAUGGCCGGUUACAGGAUAUACGACGAGAGCAGGUCUUCCAGCGAGAACGCGAAGCCGAAUUCCGUGAUCAGUCCGAAGCUACCAACUCGCGUGUUGUUCGUUGGACAUUGAUCCAGCUGGCUAUUCUGUCGGUUACCUGCGCUUGGCAGCUAUCCCAUCUCCGGUCGUUCUUCAUCAAGCAGAAGUUGACAUAAAGAGCAUUCAUUAUAUACAUGGGGUGAUGGCUUAGAGUAAGAAAUGAAGGAGAUGAGAACCGGAAUCGUUGUUGAACUGUACGGCGUAUACUGUGUGAUUCUUUACGAUGGAGCGUGGUUACCCGAUUUCGGUUACUAAUAUGUCUUACUGCCUAGCGAUUUAUUCAUGAAACGAGAUUUGUUAUUUUUUUUUUCCUUUCGUCUUCAUACUUUAUGGCUGUAUUGUACAAUUUUUUACGAUUUGGGACUUGCUGGCAAACUUCGGUAGUAGGACAUUCUCUCGUGUAUGAUGACAAUUCUUGUGAGGAGCGCAAGAAUGCCUCGGGAGGAUGGCUGAGAUAUAAAACCUAAUG